AUGGACGAAAACAACAAAAACGAGAAUAUCAUUGCGACAUAUCAUCGUCGAGAUGUACACUUUGAUUCAACUCCUUCGUACACAUCGUCAUUAUUCGUACAUCUUCGACAACUUCAAACUGAUUUUCAGUCACAAUAUCAACAUGAAAAACAUGCACUGAAUGAACUUAAUGAGCGUCUUCGUCAUUUUGUUGAUCGUGUACAACAAUUAGAAACACAAAAUGCAAAAUAUAUUACACAAAUUGUUAAUUUUCGACGACCCGCCUCUGAUUUUAGUGGUGCGGAUCUUGAAUGGAACGAACGUUAUUUACAUAUACAGUCUGAUCUCAUGGCAGUAAGUCAUGGAAGCAUUGAUUUCGGACUCGAAAUUGAAAUGUAUCAAUUACAAUCUGCAAUCUAUCAACAAUUGAUUGAUCUUGAAAAAGAAUGGAAAGAUGAAAGACGUUUAAAACUAGAACAAGAAUAUAAUCAAUCAUCGUUGUCUUUAAAUAGUUUACGUGCAUCAAAUACAGAAUUAGGACGAGAAGUGGAAAGUCUCUAUGUCGCACGUGAUGAUGCCUAUCAAAAAUAUUUGAGAUUGACACAUGACUGGUCUCACAUGAAGAAACAAAGUAAAGAAUGGGCAUUGAAUAUGCAACUAUUAAAGAAUCAAAUUGCAUUUUACAAGAAUUUACGUUCACAUUCGACACGAGGAUACACAUCGGUAUCGGUAAAUACGUUUGAUGUCAAGCAAUUCUGGGCGAUGGAAUUAGAUAAAGUGAUUAAAAGCAUUCGCCGUGAUUUCGAACAAUUAUAUAGUACGUUUCAUCAUGAUAUGACAGUGCAUUAUAAUACACAAUUGGACGAAUUAAAAACGGAAAUUGAACAAACAUCGCGCUAUCAAUCAACUGAAGUCGACACAUAUUCAGCAAAUCUGCAGACAUUACAGAUCGACUACGAAAAAGUACAGAAAAGUUAUUCUUAUGAAAAAGAAAUUAUAAUGAAAUUGGAAGCCACGCACUCUAAAUUUGAAAUGGAAUUUCGAUCGAUUCAACAACAAAAUGAUGAGCGAUUGGACUUGCAAGCGAGAGAUCUAGAAACCUUGCAAGGGAGUAUCAUGGCUAUAGCCUAUGAUAUUGAAGACAUGCGACAAAGAAAAUUUAAUCUGGAAGGUGAAAUUAUUGUCUAUCGACAUCUAUUGGAUAGCUAUGGUGUGCACGAGUAUACAGUGCGUCCCUCAUCUCCUCCACGAAAGCCAAGUACCUUGACAAGAAAAUUCGUUGUGAAAAGUCAAAAGAGAGGAAAUAUUGGCAUUCGAGAAUGUCCACCUGAUGGAGCAUAUAUUAGCUUGCUGAAUCAUUCGUCCGAUAAAACUGUAGACAUGUCAAGAUGGGUGCUCAAACGACGUGUCGAUGGAAGAACAGAAUAUCGAUAUUCAUUUCCUGAUGGAGUUCGACUUCAGCCAGCUGGUGAAUUGAGAAUUUAUUCAACACAAGGUGCUGCUGCUGCUAAAUCAUUGAAAAAAUUUCGUCCUGACAGUUCGGCACGUCAAGAAUUGGUGAAUAACGAAGUCAUUUCGUGGGGAAUUGGAAAUUUGACGGAAACAUUUCUGUUCAAUCAACAUGGAGAAGAGAAAGCAAUAUUUUCACAGUCGAUUGCAGCCCCAAGUGAUAAUAUCUAA